UUUCACUUAUUAAAUAGAACCACACAUGUCUCUCACUUUUUAGCUCACAACUGAAGAAAGAAAGAAAGUGAAAUCAACUCAACACACUCUCAACAACUACAAUCACUUGUAUCCUCCAUAUCUUUCCCUUUUCUGCCAGAUCCAAACACCAAAAAUGACUAAAGAUGAAGACUUUAAGCUCCUAAAGAUCCAGACUUGUGUUCUCAGAGUGAAUUUACAUUGUGAUGGUUGCAAACACAAAGUGAAGAAAAUUCUGCAGAAAAUUGAUGGUGUAUACCAAGUGAACAUAGAUGCAGAACAGCAAAAAGUAACAGUUUCAGGAAGUCUAGAUUCUGCAACUUUGAUCAAGAAACUAGUUAAAGCAGGUAAACAUGCUGAACUUUGGUCAAACAAGUCAAACCAAAGUCAAACCGAAAGUCAAAAUCACCAAAAUCAUCAAAACCAAAAGAGCUCUUGUAUGAAAGAUGACAAGAAAGACAAAUCCCAGAAACAAGAUUUCCUCAAAGCCCUUGAAUCCUUAAAAAAACAGCAAAAGUUUCAACCGAUGAUCCCCGAAGAAGAAGACGACGACGAAUAUCUCGACGACGACGAAUAUCUCGACGACGACGAUUACGAAGACGACGAACUCUACGAACACGAAGAAGAAGAGCUAAGGUUACUAACCCAAAAAGCAAAUCAAAUGGCAAUGUUGAGACAGCAACAACAGCAGUUGCAACAACAACAUGCUGCCGCUGUUGCUGUUGCUACUAACAAUGCAAGACAACAUUUGAAUAAUAGUAAUAAUAAAGGUAACAAUAACAAUAAUAAUAGUAAUAAUGGUGGUGGUGUGAAUAUGAAUCUGGGCGAGGGUAAAAAGGUAAAUGAGAUGAGUUCCAUAAUGAACAAUCUUGCUGGCUUUGGAAGUGACGGUGAGAGGGGUAGUUUUGGGAAUAAUUUUGGUGGGUUUCAAAUGGGACAAAAGAACAAUGUAGUACCACCAAUGGGAAGUGGUGGUGGUUACAACAACCACCACCCAUCAUCAUCACAAGCUGCUAUGAUGAUGAACAUGAACAGUGGAGGACCUGUGUACAACAACAACAACAACAACAACAACUCUGCUGCAACAAUGAUGAUGAACAUGCAGAAUAGUAGGCAACCACAGAUGAUGUACAACAGGUCUCCAGUCACACCACCAGCUACUGGGUACUACUACAAUUACAAUUACAAUCCUGCCCCUCAUUGUUAUAAUGAGUAUCCUCCUCAAAACUACUACUACUACUACAAUGGUGGUGGGGACAAUGCUGCUGCUGCUGCUCAUAUGUUUAGUGAUGAAAACACAAGCAGUUGUUCAGUUAUGUGAGGGGGGGGGGGGGGGGGAAUGUUUAAUGUUUGUGCAAGUAUUGUGUGAAUGAAUGGAGUCUGUUUUUAUUUUUUUAGUUUAAUUAUGUAAUGGUGCAUCUUUUGUUAUUAAAUUUAAGUUAUGUUGUUGGUAUGAUGUAUAAGGGGAUUGUGAUG